AUGUUGGAAAGCUCAUACGUCGAGUACAAUGACUUGCAAAAUGAAAUUUACGGACUUAAUGUUAGUGAAAAAGUGAAAGGCGAAGAAGAGACAAAAUUUAUUAAUUUUGAAAGUUUGUAUAGUGAACUGUUCGUUCGUAUCACUGAAAGAAUUGAACAUAACAUGAAGAGUGAAUCCGUUCAGUGUGAAACCCAUCCUGUUGCCGUUCAGCAAUACGCUCCUGCAUUAAAAGCACCCUUGCCUACCUUCGACGGUAGCUAUGAAAAUUGGUUCGCCUUUAAAAGUAUGUUUGAAAACGUGAUGGGACGGUAUCAAGCAGAGUCGCCUGCCAUUAAGUUAUACCACUUACGGAACGCAUUGGUGGGUGCAGCAGCUGGAGUGAUAGACCAGGACAUCAUAAACAACAAUGACUAUGAUGCGGCCUGGGAAACGUUACGCGAGAGAUUUGAGGAUAAACGAGUGAUAGUCGAUCGACAUAUAGAAGCCAUUUUCAAUAUACCGAGUAUGAUUAAAGAGAGUGCAGUGGGUUUACGUAAAAUCAUUGAUAUCUGCACGAAAAAUAUUGACGCGCUGAAAAAUCUCGAACUACCUGUGAAUGGAUUGAGUGAAGUUAUUUUGCUAAACGUUUUAACGAAGAAACUAGAUGCUGAGACAAGAAAGGCUUGGGAGUUGGAACAGAAAAAUAAUGAGUUGCCUGAUUAUCAAUCUACCAUGAAUUUUCUCAAAGAACGAUGCCGUGUGUAUGAAAAAUUAAGCAGGACAAGCAAGCUAGCCUCUGAUGUUGUGAAAACGGUUCGACAAACAGUGAAGUCUGAAACGAAGAUGCAUAGUUUAGUUGCUGUUUCAGAAAAGUGUACACACUGCAAAAAUGAUCACGAAAUUUGGAAGUGUGAAGCCUUCAAAAAGGCAAGCUUGAAUGAGAAGUAUAAUUCACUUCGCAAAAGUGGUUCGUGCUUUAAUUGCCUUGAGCGAGGACACGUAACUGGGAAAUGUCGCUCCCAAAGUUCAUGCAAGCGCUGCGGUAAGCGUCAUCACACCUAUCUGCAUAACGAUGAACAGCAAUCUGUCGUAGUGUCUGUCACCAAAGAGGAUGCAAAGGUAGAGGAUCAGACUCAGGCUACCACGGAGGAACCAACAAAUGUUAUCGCAAGUAACCCGAGCUCAGUUUUGUAUUCCAACGCGGACACCGACCAGGAUACACUUUUAGCAACGGCAAUUGUUUUCGUGUGCGGAGCAGGCAACAAUAGUGUUUCGUGCAGAGCAGUGCUGGAUUCGGCUUCGCACAAACAUUUUAUUACAGAAGAUGUAGUUUCAAAGCUUGGUUUGAAAAGAAAACAGGCAAAUUUUACGAUCGUUGGAAUCGGUGGUAAUCAGAUGGUUAUACGAUCGAAGGUGUACGCGAAAAUUAAAUCGAAGGUUAGCGAUUACGAAUCGCCUAUGCUUGAACUAUUGGUAGUCAAAAGGAUUACAGGUGAUCUUCCCAUGUCUUCGUUCAGUACAGCAGAAAUCAAGAUUCCAAAUGGUGUGCAACUUGCGGAUCCUCAAUUUAAUGUUCCCGGACAAGUGGAUAUUUUAGUUGGUUCUGGAUUAUUUUUCAAACUGAUUAAACACGGCCAGCUUCAUUCCGCAGAUCAUUUGCCAGCAAUACAGGAAACACAACUGGGUUGGAUCAUCAGCGGUAUCAUACCGACAAAUGAAGUGGGUGUAAGUGAUGCACUUUGUGCGGUAGCCACUGAAGAAGAUAUCGGUAAGUUGCUCGAACGAUUUUGGCAUAUUGAUUCCUUUGACGAAAAGGAACCGCUUAAAUAUGAUGGUGGGAGUACCUGUGUAGCUCAUUUCCUUGAGACACAUCGUCGUGAUGUUAAUGGCAGGUUCAUUGUCCGUCUGCCAUUUAACGAACGUAAGAUAUAUUUGGGAGAAUCUAGAUUAAUGGCUGAGCGGAGGUUUUCGGCUGUUGAACGUCGACUCGAGCGAGACCCGACUAUAAAAUCGCAAUAUGUAGCUUUCAUGAAAGAAUAUGAGGACUUGGGUCACAUGUCCGAAGUUGUACCCUCUGCUGAUGAAAUUCCAGGUGAAGCAUUCUUUCUUCCUCACCAUUGCGUUUUAAAACCAUCUAGUACAACAACAAAAUUACGCGUCGUUUUCGAUGGUUCGGCUGAAUCUACCAGUGGAAUAUCUAUCAACGACACUCAAAUGAUCGGCCCGACUGUGCAAAAUGAUUUGAUAUCAAUAUUGCUUAGAUUUCGCUCUUUUAGAAUUGCAAUUAGCGCCGAUAUACCCAAAAUGUAUCGGCAGAUUGCCGUACAUGAAGAGGAUACCUGCUACCAGCGUAUUGUUUGGAGAGCCAGCCGCGAUCAACCGUUGAAGGUGUAUGCCUUGAAAACAGUCACAUACGGUCUUUCUUCUUCGCCAUUUUUAGCAACAAUGGCUCUUAAACAGUUGGCCGAUAACGAAGGACACCGGUUUCCACUUGCGCAGAAGGUUAUCUACAAGUCUUGUUACAUCGACGAUUUACUAUUCGGUGCAGAUACACCUAAGGAAUCAAAGGAAGUUUUGGAGCAAGUUGUUGGCCUGUUACACGGUGGGUGCUUCGACGUGCAUAAAUUAUAUUCAAAUUCGAAAAUGGUGCUUGAAGGUAUUCCUGAACAUCAGAGAGAGCGGGUCGAUGCUGACGAUGAUCUGGUUAUAAACUCGCUGAUGAAAACCCUCGGAAUUUCAUGGGACGCGGAAAGUGACAAUUUCGCGAUCCGCAUCCCUGAGUCACCGCCUGGUAUUCGAUACAAGAUCACAAGCGGUAACAUAGGUGGAGUUUUUACGAUUCACAACACCACCGGAGCUCUGUACGUAGCGAAAGCACUGGACUACGAGAAACUCAAAAAGUACGAGCUCCGGCUGACGGCGUCUGACAGUUUCAAGGAGAACUACACGACGGUGCUGAUCAACGUUAGGGACGUCAACGACAAUCCACCUGUAUUUGAGAAAUCAUCAUAUCGCACACAAAUCACCGAGGAAGAUGACCGAGGCCUACCGAAGCGUGUACUGCGGGUUACGGCAUCGGAUGCCGACGUGGAGCGGCCCAACAAUAUAAUUUAUUUCCUCACCGGUCCCGGAAUCGAUAUAGAAAAUCCAUCGGAAAGUAACUUUGACAUCAAUAAGGCUACGGGGGAAAUAUUUGUUUUAAAGCCACUCAAUCGUGAUCCACCGCAUGGGCGAGCUGCGUGGAAGUUCACAGUGUUCGCCCAAGAUGAGGGCGGUGAAGGUCUGGUUGGUUUUACCGAGGUACAGAUCAACCUAAAGGACGUCAACGAUAAUGCCCCCACGUUCCCGCUGGGGAUCUACUAUGGAAAUGUGACCGAAAACGGCACCGUUGGGAUGUAUGUUAUGACAAUAAAAGCGGAAGAUUACGAUGACAUCAACGAGGGAACGAACGCCAAGGUGGUGUAUUCGAUCGAAAAGAAUGCCAUCGAAGAGGAUACCGGACUGCCAAUUUUUGAUAUCAAUCCGGAUACUGGAGUAAUAAAGACGGCAGUCUGCUGUUUGGAUCGUGAGAAAACUCCCGAUUACUCGCUGCAAAUUGUGGCCACCGACGGAGGAGGUCUCAAAGGUACGGGAACUGCCUCGAUAAAGGUAAAAGACCUCAACGAUAUGCCACCUCACUUUACCAAAGACGAAUGGUUCGUCGAAGUGGAGGAAACCGAUGGCAACAUAUUGCCAGAGACUCCCAUAUUGACCGUGACGGUCAACGAUGACGACGAACUGAACAACUUCCAAUACAAAAUAAUCGAGAGCAGCGGCUACGGGGCGGACAAAUUCGCCAUGAUAAAAAACAACGACGGAACGGGAAGUCUAAAAGUGAUUCAACCAUUGGACUUCGAAGAUCCCAUGCAGGUCAAUGGGUUCCGGUUCCGUAUUCAAGUUCUGGACAACGAAGGUAUCAACGAUACCGACAAGUACCACGUCGAUCACUCGUGGGUUAUAGUGAAGCUGAAAGACAUCAACGACAAUACUCCUCGCUUCAGGAGACCGCACAUGGAAGCCAGCACAUCGGAAAACGACGAAAUCGGUAAGUCGCUGGUUAGUUUCAAAGCCAUCGACAUCGACAAUGCAGGCAAAAGCAAGAUCACGUACAUGAUCAAUCGAGCCACCGACCGGAAGCGACAGUUCGCCAUCAACGACGAGGGUACAGUGACAAUUCAGCGCGAGCUAGAUCGCGAAGCAAUUGCCAAAUACAAUCUGGAAAUACUAGCCGUCGAUGACGGAGUUCCACCACGCACGGCCACUGCGACACUCACCAUCGAGGUGAAAGACGUCAACGACAACGCACCAAUAUUUGCGGAAGAAUAUCGACCGAUUCUGCUGGAGAAUGCACCACCGUCGAAAAUCAUCGAAAUCACUGCCAUCGAUCAGGACGAUCCAAAAAUGAGCAACGGACCACCGUUUCAGUUUCGCAUGGACCCGGAAGCGAACGACCUAAUACGUACCUCGUUCAAGGUGGAACAGAACAACAAAGGCAACGGUGGAGCGAUCAUAUCAUCGCUAGGAUCGUUCGAUCGUGAAUAUCGGAAACAGUAUGAAAUUCCCAUAGUUAUUAAGGACUCCGGAAACCCACCUCAAACAGGAACCAGCACGUUAACAGUAACCAUCGGGGACGUAAACGAUAACAUUAUGCAACCGGGCUCGAAGGAGGUCGUAGUGUAUAACUAUCAGGGCCAAGCACCGGACACUGCCAUCGGAAGGGUCUUUGUGAACGACCUAGAUGAUUGGGAUACCUCGGAUAAGCUGUUCUACUGGGAUGAAGUCGAGAACCCCCGAUUCAAACUGGACGAUACCUCCGGUAUGGUAACGAUGCGACGCGGGGCUCGUGAAGGUCGCUACAAGCUGCGGUUCAAAAUUUACGAUCGCAAACAUGCCCAGGAAUCGUACGCAAACAUGUCGGUGGUGGUGAAGCACAUUUCGUACGAGGCGAUCGUUAGUUCUGGGUCGGUGCGGUUGCUAGGUAUUACCGAUGAGGAUUUUAUUAGGAUUUGGAACUAUCGAGCGCAGAAUAUUUUUCGAAGCAAACUGGAACGAUUUCGGGAUAAACUGGCGGAAUUGUUGAACAUCGAUAAGAAAAAUGUGGAUAUUUUUAGCGUCCAGAUGAAACAAAAGAGUCCACCGAUGGUGGAUGUUCGGUUUGCCGCUCGGAAUGCGUUCUAUUUUAAGGCGGUUCAGCUGAAUGGGGUGGUGUUGCUGCACAAGGAAGAGAUUGAACAGGCGGUAGGGAUUAACAUUACCAUGGUCAACAUAGAUGAAUGUCUGGCGGAGAAUGCGGAUUGCAAUGGAUCGUGUACCAGUAUAAUCGAGGUACAAGCUAAUCCUAGCUUAGUGAAUGCCAAUAAAACGGCGCUGGUGGGCGUUCAAAUCAAGUCUACGGCAGAGUGUAUGUGUAGUGCAAGGGAAUACAAACAACAGCAGACGUGUAAGUCACAUCCAUGUUUGAACGGUGGACGCUGUACGGAUAGUAAGUCCGGAGUUCGAUGCUCUUGUCCACCGGACUACAGUGGACCGCGGUGCCAGCAGACAGUUCGUAGUUUUCGAGGAAACGGUUGGGCGUGGUAUCCUUCGUUGGAUAUGUGCGACAAGUCGCACAUUAGUGUAGAAAUCAUUACGACUAAAGCGGAUGGUUUAAUUUUCUAUAACGGUCCGAUCGUUGCGCCAAACGAUGAAGAUGAACUGCAGCAGUCGGAUUUCAUUGCACUGGAAUUGGAGCAAGGGUAUCCAAGAUUUCUAAUUGAUUACGGUUCUGGUACGCUGGAGCUUAGAAUACAAACGAAACAACCUCUGAACGAUGGUGAUUGGCAUCGUGUAGAUUUGUUCUGGGACUCCGAGCGGGUAAAAAUGGUCGUUGACUUCUGCAGAACGGCAGUGAUAUCCGAGGCGGAUGAUGGAAAUCUGGUGGAAUUUGUUGAUCACACCUGUCAGGCAAUAGGCCGUGUACCACAGUUCAACGAGUUCCUAAACCUGAACACACCCCUGCAAAUCGGAGGAGUAUUCCGUGAGAAAUUCGACUACACUUACAAUCGCUGGCAGCACAUGCCAUUGGCGGUGGGAUUCGAAGGCUGUAUUCGGAACUUCAAACACAACGGGAUUCUUUACGAUCUGUCACGUCCCGGUCUUUCCAAGAGCACCAUGCCAGGCUGUUUGUACACGCAGGAAGUGUGCAAUCUCAAUCCACAGGUUGCGAAGUGCUUGGAUCAUGGCAAGUGUAUCGGCAACUACGACGAAGCCAAGUGCGAAUGCAAUCCAGGCUGGUCCGGCACGUACUGUAACCUGCCAACAACACCAACCACAUUCAAGACACAAAGCUACAUCAAAUAUGCGCUAAGUUUUGAACCCGACAAGUUUACGACGCAAAUUCAGCUACGCUUCCGGACACGGGAGACGUUCGGUGAACUGUUCCGGAUUAGCGAUCAGCACAUGCGAGAGUACGGUAUUAUCGAGCUGAAGGAAGCCAAGCUACUCUUCCGGUAUAGUUUAAACUCUGGCCAGGUGGAAGAGCACGAGGUGUCGCUCAGUGCCGUCGAGGUGGACGACGGUCUGUGGCAUGUGGUAAAUAUUCAACGCUACGGUUCGGCCGCCAUCCUGGAGCUGGACGGCGGCGAGGGUGCUAAUUUCAACCAAAGUUUCUCCUUCGACGGGCACCAGUGGCUGUCGGUGGACAAGCAGGAGGGAGUCUACGCGGGCGGUAAGCCGGAAUUCACCGGCGUUAAGACGUUCGACGUUCAGGCUGAUUAUCAGAAAAGUUGCAUCGACGAUAUCAGGUUGGAUGGUAAAAGUUUGCCGUUGCCUCCGGCAACCAACGGCACUCAGUGGGGCCAGGCAACGACGGCCAAGAAUAUUGAGCGUUAUUGUACGUCCAACAAUCCAUGCCAAAACGCGUACUGUCCUGAACCGUUCGAGUGUGUCGAUCUGUGGAAUAAGUACGAGUGUGCAUGCGGAGAUGGUAUGAUCAUCUCGCCCGAAGGAAAAACCUGCAUCGAUCAGAACGAAUGUCUCGACUAUCCAUGCCUGAACGGCGGAACAUGCAUUAACCAGGAGCCCCGCUUCAAGUACAAAUGCAUCUGCCCGGACUCGUACUGGGGCGAGAGUUGUGAGCUCCUGAAGGAGCGUCAAGCGUUGAAAUUUAGCACAAGUGCCUUGGCUGCCGUUAUCACCUGUCUGUUGCUGAUAAUUAUUCUGUUGUUUUUAUAUUUUUCCUGUUCUCGCCGUCGGUCGGCGAACUUCAAUAAGAAACCAGCUACGAAGGACGACAUCCGAGAAAACAUCAUCAACUACUGUGAUGAGGGUGGAGGUGAAAACGACAUGACCGCAUUCGACAUGAAGACCCUCAAAAUUCCCAUAGGACCGCUGCCGGAAUUGGUGCAACACAAAGCUCCACCCGUACGUCCCGAUAUUGCCGUCGUGUCCGACCAGGUCAUCGCCAAGGUCGACGUCUUCCUGGACGAUCGGAAACGACGGGCGGAUGUCGAUCCCGCCUCCGGACCAUUUGACGACCUCCGGAACUAUGCCUACGAAGGUUGUGGGAGUACGUCUGGCUCGCUAAGUUCCUUACAGUCAGGUACCGACGAUGAACCCCAUGAGUAUGACUUUUUAACGGCAUGGGGUCCACGAUUCGAUAAGCUAGUUAAUCUCUAUGAACCAAGUGAAGAAGAAGAAGAAGAAGAAGAAGAAGAAGACGAUACAGUUGAACUAAAUUUCAGCAGUAGUAGACUAGCGCUAGCGUAUCCCUUGAUAAAAUCUUACGUCGUAAAAUUUUAUCAAGGGAUCUCGAGUCUAUCGAAUUCGACGGCGCAUGGUGAAGUACGCGUCCUGUUGAUUCAGGAUUAUUGA